UCUCUCUCUCUCUCUCUCUCUCUCUCUCUCUCUCUCUCUCUUGCACACAUCAUUGCAUUAUAAAUAGCUCACAAAUUCUGUUGAAACAAGCAAUAUUCUUGGGAGUACUAUUAAUUAAUUUUUGUAUAUGUAAUCAUGGCCAUGCCCAAGUUAUUCUUGUUCACCAUAUCACUUUCCCUGCUUUUAAGCUCUAAUGGAGUUGUUGAAGCUGCUCCUGAACGCUCUCUCGUCACACAGCUUCCCGGCUUUAAUGGCACCUUCCCAUCCAAACACUACUCAGGAUAUAUAAGCAUAGGCGAAAGCCCUGCGAAGAAUCUGUUCUACUACUUUGUUGUUUCGGAAAGAAACCCUUUGAAGGAUCCGGUUGUUUUGUGGCUCAACGGUGGACCCGGCUGCUCUAGCUUCGAUGGCUUCGUCUAUGAACAUGGACCAUUUAAUUUUGAAGAGGGAAAGCCAAAAGGAAAUCUUCCCAGAUUGCAUCUUAAUCCUUAUAGCUGGUCCAAGGUUUCGAACAUAAUUUACUUGGAUUCUCCUGCUGGUGUUGGCUUCUCUUACUGGAAAAAUUCAAGCGAACACAUAACUGGAGACGUGGAAACUGCCUCUGAUACACACAGUUUCCUUCUCCAGUGGUUUGGGCAAUUUCCAGAGUUCCUUCCCAAUCCAUUUUAUAUAUCAGGGGAGUCUUACGCGGGAAUUUAUGUGCCCACUCUUGCUUCCCAAGUAGUAAAAGGAAUUAAAAAUGGCGCAAAGCCCCUUCUCAAUUUCAAGGGUUACAUGGUGGGGAACGGAGUGACAGAUCAAAGAUUUGAUGGUAAUGCUCUUGUACCAUUUGCACACGGAAUGGGGCUUAUCUCAGACAAUAUCUUUGAGAAAGUCGAAGUUGCUUGUAAAGGAAACUACUAUGACUCUGAAGAGACUGCUUGCUAUCAAAGCCUUGAACUAGUUUAUGAGGCUCUUGAUGGGCUAAACAUUUACGACAUCCUUGAGCCUUGCUACCACGGCAUGGAAACAGAGGAAAAGGCAGCCAAAGGUGGAAACACCAGUAGCUUACCGGAAAGCUUCCAACAACUGGGGGCGACUGAGAGGCCUCUAGGCGUCAGAAAAAGAAUGUUUGGGCGUGCUUGGCCUAUGAGGGCACCUGUCAGAGAUGGCAUUGUUCCUUUAUGGCCUCAAAUUGCUGAAAAAAUCGCCGUUCCUUGCGUAAACGACGAAGUGGCAACUUUAUGGCUGAACCAGGAAGCAGUUAGGAAAGCAAUUCAUGCGAAGCCGGAAAGUGUGACGGGUCCUUGGGAGUUAUGCACUAAAAGAAUAAUCUAUCGUCAUGAUGCUGGAAGUAUGAUCCCUUACCAUCAAAAUUUAACCCUUCAAGGAUAUCGAGCACUUAUUUUCAGCGGAGACCAUGAUAUGUGCGUACCAUUUACCGGGACACAAGCAUGGACUGCAUCACUCCGAUAUAAAAUUUUGGAUGAAUGGAGGUCUUGGAUCAGUAACGCCCAAGUUGCUGGAUACUUACAACGCUACGAGAAUGAUCUCACCUUUCUCACAGUCAAGGGUGCAGGGCACACGGUCCCGGAAUACAAGCCACAAGAGGCACUGGAGUUCUAUAGCCGUUGGUUGGAAGGGAAACCAAUCUGAUUGUAAAAUAAAUAGAGCUUUAUUGCUUGAAUUAAUUGGAUUUCUAUUUCUUAUAUAUGAAUGGCACCUUCAUUUAAUCAUACAAAACAGAAAUGACUAAA